AGUUUAUUCAUUUAUACGUCCAUGGUGUUUUUAUUUUUCAUUGUAUUUCUUAUUUCAAAAUAUAAUCAUUAUAUCCAUGCUAUCCGUUAUCUUGUCGUUAAUAAUUGUGAAAAGUUGUAGUCAAUCAUUUUGUUUUCUGAAAAGUUCCCCUUUAUGUUAAAUUUAUGCAUCCUUAAAUUUGUUUUUACUAUAAAAUUCGUUAUUAGUAGUAUCAUAAACAAUUAGAAUGGCCGUAUCUGCAGCAGCCGCGUUACUUGACGAACUCAUGGGUCGCAAUCGAAAUGAUGGACCUAACGCUCAAAAGAAGCCUGUUCACUGGGAAGAUUCAGAGUUUUGUAAAUACUUCAUGGUUAAAUUUUGUCCUCAUGAUUUAUUUGUGAAUACUCGUGCUGAUCUUGGAGCAUGUCCAAAAGUUCAUUGUGAAGAAGCUAAAAAUCAAUAUGCUGAAGCCAGUAGUCGAUCUAAGAUGCAGUAUGAAGAUGAAUUUGUUGGUUUUGCAACUAGUUUACUAAAUGAUGUUGAAAGACGUAUAGAAAAAGGCAAACAAAGGUUGGAGCUUAUGAAUAAAACUGAAACGCCAGUAACUCAUUCAAACACUCAAAGUCAAAAAAACCAGGACCAAAUUAAACUAUUAUCUGAAAAAAUUAAUGGGUUAGUGCAAGAAGCUGAACAAAUGGGUAUUAGUGGACAUGUAGAAGAAGCACAAGGUCUUAUGAAACUUUGUGACCAACUCAAAGAAGAACGAGAUACAUUAAGGAAACAAAAUGAAAGUAUUCAUUGGUCACAGACCUAUGAACUAGCUGCUGCUCAAGAAAAACAAAUGGAAGUAUGUGAAGUCUGUGGGGCAUUUUUAAUUGUUGGAGAUGCUCAGUCACGUAUAGAUGACCAUUUAAUGGGUAAACAACACAUGGGAUAUGCUAGAUUAAAAAAUGCUGUAAAUGAAAUUCAAGAACAAAGGAAAAAGUAUGUGCAAGAAAGAGAAAAACAACGAGAAGAAGAAAGAAAAAAGCGACUAGAUCGUACUAGGAGUACUUCUAAAGAUAAAGAUAGACAUAGUCGUGAUCAUGAAAGAAGAUCUAGAACAGAUCGAAGUUCUAGAGAUCGUUCCCACCAUAAAAGUGAUAGAAAAUCUGACCGUUAUGACAGAGAACGAAAGAGAAGCAGAAGCCGUGACUUGCACUACAACAGUAGUCAUAGACAUAGAGGUUACAAUGGAAGUGUAAGAAAAGAACGCUAUUGAACAUUUAUAACAAUGAAAUGUACUCUCAUUAUUAAUUUUAAUUAUCAGAAACUUAAUGAAAUGAUCAAAAUAACUGUGAAAGUUUGUUGAAACCAUCUCAUAGCAUGAAGAAAAUGGCUUAAAUUGCGAGCUUGUUUCAGUUAAUGCGUGUAAUCACCUAUUACACAUGUUUGCAGAUCAUCAAAAAAUUACAUGUCUUUUUGUCAGGUAUUUAUACUAAAUGAGGUAUUUAUAAAAACAAAAAUAACAUUUUUGAAAUAAAGUUAUCCUUUACUCUUAUUCUAUUAAAAACUAAUCACUAUCAUAGGAGCUAUCACUAGACCAAAGUUUUUGGAGAUACAAAAUAAAUUAAUCUUAAUAAAUCAGUUCAAUACUUACAACCCCUGAUUAAUAUUGAAUACAAAGAGAUGUACAAUAGUAUUAGGUAUUUAAUUUUCUGGUAAAAAAUUAAAAAAUAUUAUUUAUUUGUUUUCCACUCGACAUGCUUUAUACUGUUUUGAUGUUUACAAAUCAAAAGAGAGUUUUUUUAGUGUAAUUUAAAAAUAUCACUAUAACAUUCAAUAGU